AUGUCCGCCUCCAAGUCUUCGCCUGCUGUCCGGGGCGAUCGUGGUUUGGAUAGACGUCGCGAUUCUGCCCUUUCCAGCCUUUCCGAGUCCGAGCCUCAACGCCGCCAGAGCCUCGCUGCUCGUUCUGAUUCUCAUCAGGGUGUCGGUGCUUCCCUGGACCUCCCAUCGAGCAGGCUCUCGACUACACAACCAUCUGUGUCAGGCUCUCAGAAUGCAAAAGAAACAAAGGAUUGGAAGCCUCCCUUCAAGUCGAGUUCCCCCAGUCCUCCCCCAAACGCUGGGCUUGACCCUUUAAGUACACAAAUCUACUUGCGUACUAACAGUAACACCACUGAGCCUACCAUCGCACAACGAAUCCUAAAUCAGGGCCGUUCCGACAGCCCUGCUGCAGAGAACCUACAAAGACAGAGCUCCGAACUUAGCAAGUCGCCAAACACUACCCAGGAUUCUAGCAAGGAUCGAAGGAAAGGAGUUUCUUUCCUGAGUCGACUGGGAAUGCGCGGAAGUUGGAGGAAAGAUGAUGACAUGCAGGAAUCCGACUCCGAACUGGGUGAACUGCGAACCGAUGGUACCUACGCACGAGCUCUCACAUCCGUCAUCGGUGCAGGCGGAGGAUACAUACCUCUUCAUAAAGAACCUCCACGAUACAUCCGAGUCAAGGCACAUAACAAGAAGGAUAGAGACUAUAACCACUUAUUCCUCGCACAAGAACUUACAGCCUCAGAACACAAACACACGCAUGGCCGAGCGGUAGCAACGGCAGUUGGAAGCAAGAUCCUUAGGGGUGGUGAUGCUAUCUGGGCAGCCGAAUUCAGCUUGGAUGGACGAUACCUGGCCGUUGCAGGAAAGGAUCAGAUUGUACGAGUGUUUGCUGUGAUAUCUACGCCGGAGGAACGCAAAGCACACGAGGAAGAGGAGGCACAAAAUGGUACUCAUGGCGAGAAGCUUAGUGCUCCUGUCUUCCGCACAAAGCCUGUGCGAGAGUUUAAGGAACACACUGGCGAGGUGCUUGCCUUGAGCUGGAGCAAGAAUAAUUUUUUGCUAUCGUCUUCGAUGGACAAGACCGUAAAGUUAUGGCAUAUGAGCAGGAGUGAUUGCUUGUGCACUUUUGUACACAAGGAUCUCGUCACGUCGAUCGCCUUCCAUCCUACAGACGAUCGAUUCUUCCUCGCAGGAUCACUGGAUGCACAACUCCGAUUAUGGAGUAUUCCGGACAAAAGCGUCGCUUUCCAAGCACCUGUUGGUGAAUUCAUUACUGCGGUAGCCUUUUCCCCCGACGGAAAUAUUGCUAUAUGUGGUGUGCUGAGCGGUCUAUGUACUUUCUACGCUACCGAGGGCUUGAAGCUCAAGUACCAAAUCCACGUCCGCUCAUCAAGGGGCAAAAAUGCCAAAGGAAGCAAGAUCACUGGUAUUCGAACUAUGACGAUACCGUCAGGACCUGAAGCUGGGACGGUCAAGGUCCUGGUUACUUCGAAUGACUCUCGAGUUCGAGUAUAUAACCUAAACGACAAAGUGAUCCAGGUCAAGUACAAGGGACUGGAAAACCAGUCUAGCCAAAUCAAUGCACGCUUCAGCGAUGAUGGCAGCUAUAUUAUCUGCGGCAGCGAAGAUCGGAAGGCCUACAUCUGGAAGAUGGGUGGUCAAGACGAGAUCAAGGAUAAGCAGCCAUACGAAACAUUCGAUGCUCACCCCGAGGUCGUUACCACGGCUUUGAUGGCUCCGUCGAAGAGUCGGCAACUAUUGAGUGCUUCUGGAGAUCCUAUCUACGACUUGUGCAACCCACCACCUGUGAUGCUGCGAAGCCUCGAAGAAAGCACGCCAAGUCAUUCGGCUCUGUCAGACGAAGACCAUGGCGACUCGCUCCACAGCAACAAGAAGCCGGAAGAAUCACCAGCAUACAUCGAGCGCUCAAGGCAUCUUGACGGAAAUAUCAUCAUCACCACUGAUAGAACUGGGAAAGAUCAAGGUUUUCAGACAGGACUGUGCCCAUAA